GGAUCUAUCAUUUAAGCCAUGUCCUUCUUCAACCCACCAGCAAACUCCAACCAUGGUUACAAUGACGACGUCAAUACUGGUUACAAUGCCCGAAUGCAUUCAAAACUCGCCGAAAGAGAGGGAUUUCAUCUCGGAAACGGUUCAGAUGAACCAAGAACUUUGUAUGUUGGAAAUCUUGAUUCGACAGUCACUGAGGACUUUAUAGCGACUUUGUUCAAUCAAAUAGGAUCGGUUACAAAGACCAAAGUUAUUUUCGACGAAUUGGGGUACCUGGCUACAAAUGCACAAGGCGGCAACCAAUCCACACCGACACUGAGACAGUGGUUCUAAUGAUCCAUAUGCGUUCGUUGAGUUCUCUGAUCAUGGACAGGCUUCCCAAGCUCUUCAGACGAUGAACAAGCGACUUCUUCUUGAUAGAGAGAUGAAAGUCAACUGGGCCGUGGAGCCGGGGCAGCAGCAGUCAAAAAUUGACACUACCAGACAUUUCCACGUUUUUGUUGGAGAUCUCUCGUCCGAAGUUGAUAACCAAAAACUGCGCGAAGCUUUCCAACCAUUUGGAGAUGUUUCGGACGCCAAAGUGAUCCGUGACACUAACACCACUAAGUCAAAGGGUUAUGGUUUCGUUUCAUACCCGAAAAGAGAAGAAGCUGAGCGUGCUAUUGAGCAAAUGAAUGGACAAUGGCUCGGAAGAAGAACUAUCCGUACCAAUUGGGCUACAAGAAAGCCAGGAGAUCAAGAGAAACCAAGCCAUUAUAAUGAAAAGUCAUACGAUGAGAUCUACAAUCAAACUUCUGGAGAUAACACUUCAGUCUACGUCGGAAACAUUGCUUCACUUACUGAAGAUGAAAUCCGCCAAGGAUUCGCCAGCUUUGGACGAAUUACCGAAGUCCGCAUUUUCAAGAUGCAAGGAUAUGCAUUUGUGAAGUUUGACAACAAAGAUGCCGCUGCAAAGGCUAUUGUCCAGAUGAACAACCAAGAUGUCGGAGGACAGCUUGUUAGAUGUAGCUGGGGAAAAACUGGAGACACUGGAAAAACUCCUGGAGGAUCUUAUGGUUACGGUUAUGGAAACUCAUCGUCUGGAGGAAACUCACAGCCGUACUCUGGAUAUGGUGGUGGCGGAGCUUACGGAGGUGGUCAAGGAGGAGGAGGCCAUGGAGGACCUGGACAACAGCAAUCCAAUGCCAACAGUCAGUAUUGGCAAUACUACGCCCAAUACUACAAUAAUCCUCAACUCAUGCAACAAUGGUCCAACUACUGGCAGCAACAAGGAGGAGCUCCACAACAACAGAACUCUGGAGGACAUCAAUAAACUCCAGUAUUUUUUAAAAACAUUUUAUAUGUGACCCUAUUGCCCCCGGAUUUUGUCAUUUGAACUUAAUUCCAAGUUCCACCCAUACCUUAAUUUGUCCGGCUGUGGCCUUUCUGUCAGUUUUCUCUUUCUCGGCAUUCUAACGCACUUUUCUAUUUAUGAUUUCCUUUUUUUCUAUGUAUUUGUUAUAAUACUUCCCUUCUGAAACAAUCUGUUGAUCUUUUGACAAUCAUUAUAUCAAAUUUUUUUCUGUUUUUUUAUUUGCUUCCAUUACGUGUCCAUUCCCCACCCACACCACUUCAUCACCUAAUCAAUAUGUCUAGAUUCAAAAAGAAAAAAUGCACACAAGCAAACCCCUAAAUUACACUGGUAGAUUACAAUGUUUCGUUUUCUUAAUUUUGCAAUGGCACGUAUUCUUAUCUGGUUCUGUCUUUUUUCGUUUUUUUUCCUGUUCCUGAAGCACAAUAAUAAAUGCGAGGGUAAAGUCUUAUUGAGUUCGAAA